AUGUAUAUUAUAAACAAUGUGCAAGAAUAAAUAAUCAAUUAUUAUAAGAAUUGCCGCAACAUAGUUACCUAGAAACACUCCUUGAAAAAGUUGUGUAUGAAAGCAAAGGAGGAUUUCACUUAAAUUGCAAAGCAAAUAAUCUUAACAAUGCUAAUAUCACAAAUUUAAAUAGAAACCAAUCAAAGUUGUCCCAUUUGUUUGAAUGAAGACCUCGUUUUCAAAGGAGUCUAAUCCGAAUAAUGCAAACAUUCUUUUUGCAUUGGUUGCAUCAAUGGCUAUUGGAAACAUAAUCAAAAAAAAUAGUUAAAAUGUCCAUGUUGCAGAGCCAAAAUUAGCACUUUUGCGAAAUCAAAAAAAUUAUAAGAAGAAUACUAGUAAGAAUGCAAUUCAUUCAUAUUGUUUUACAGAGUUCGAUGCACAGUCUUAAAAUAUAAUAUUAUUUAUGUAAACUUUAUUAAACAUAUCUUAGCCAUUUCAAAUAAUAGCAAACAUAUUCAAACAUCUAGGUCAAUUAUAUCAUCUAUUCAAAAUUUUAGUUAAAUUAUCCCUCUAAUUGUAACUUGUUUUGUGUUUUAUACUGUGUAUUUAUGUGCUCUCACCAAUUGACUUAUUUCCAGAAGCCAUAUUUGGAGUUUUAGGAUUGGUAGAUGAUCUCUUGUGCGUAAUAUUUAUCGUUUGGAUACUAAUUACUCAAAUUAUCAUUAGAAUUUUUUUUUGA